CCCGCUGCGCGGGCAGCCUUGCCGCACGCUGCCCGCAGGGGAUGGGGACCCCACCACGCUGCCCGCAGGCGGGUGCCCGCAGGGGGGCUUGUGCACGGUGCAGGCUGAGCCCCCCCCUGCACCCAGCGGCGGAGAGUCCCCCCCUGCCCUGCUGUCCUCCCCGCGUGUCCCCUUGCCUGUCCUGCCUGCGCUGCCUGUCUGUCCCUUCCCCACUGCUGGCUGGGCUGGUGCCGGAGCGGGGGACUGGCUGCGCUGCCCAGCAUCCCCCUCCCUGCCCGUCCCCCUGUCCCCAGCCCCUGUCCCCCUUCCCAGCACCCAGCUCGGUGGGGAGCCGGUGCGUGGGGCGCAGGCUGCCCCGGGAUGGCGGGGUGCAGGAUGCGGCCUUGCCGAGUGGCCCCAAGCCCGGCUGUGCUCGGCAGGGAUGACGAUGGAAGAGGUGCGGCGCUACGAGCGGGAGACGCAGGAGGCCACCAACGAGCUCAUCGGCCUGGUGGCACCCACCAUCUCGGUCAGCGAGGUGGGGCAGCCCACGGCCACCCACUCGGCCCCCGCCAGCGCCCCCUCCACCCCUCUCAGCGACGAGCCCCCCGAUUUCCUCGCCCCCCCCAAGACUCGCCCGCGCAAGAAGUCAGCGCCGGAGACCCUGACGCUGCCCGCGCUGCGGGAACGCGCUGGCGCCGAGUGACGCCGGCAGUGCCGCGCCGUGCCACCUCCCCGGCUGGACCGUGCCAGCCCUGCCCUGGCCCCUCCGACAGGCACCCACCCCGGGGAGGGACCCACCGCUGGGGCGCAGGGAGCCCCGGGGAGGGACCCACCGCUGGGGCGCAGGGAGCCCCGGGGCGGGUACUGGCCUCCCCAAACCAUCACAGGUGCCCACGUGGGACGUUGCCACCGUCGCUGUGCCGGACCCGCUGGCCGCGCAGGGAGGGGAUGCCAGGCCAGUGCGGGUCCCCGGCAGCGUCAGGCGAUGCUGCAGGGGCCAGUUUGCUCAGCACCACUCGCCCCAGUGUCCUUGGGGGGCCACCGAGGCCGGGUGCCGGUGCCGGGCGGCGGCGGGGCUUGGUGGGCAAUGCUGGAGCGGCACUGGCACGGGCACAGCACAUGUGACAGUGACAGUGACAGCCGGGUGCUGGGCUGGGGCUCCCUGCGGGACCCUGGGGGCUGCACAGCCCCACGCACGGCAGGUCCCGCAGUCGGGGUCCCCUUCACCAUCUCUCCAGAGGCCGUGGCCACCGGAGGGGGGGCUGGGGCAGGCUCAGCUCUCUGUUUUCUUUGGGAAAACAAAGGCCUUUUUGGAAAUAAAGCUCGAGACACGGCGGCCA